CACCUUUCCCGCGUCACUAGCUACUUCGGAUCGUCUUGCUUGACUGCCCAGCAGAAAUCUCAUAGAAUACCACCCAUCGCAACCAUGUCCGGUUCAAAAUCCCCGAUAGAAGAGACCGAAAAGUCUCUCGUGCAGAAAGCCAGAGCAUGGGGAGAGAACUCAUUCCCACCCACCCUGCUCGCCACUCUCAUCACCGCACAAUACAUGCGACCAUUCCAGGCCCUUCCAAUGCUUUUCCCUCCCGUCCUGAUAUUCACCAGCUACGCCAACAUCCAAGGCUUCAAAACCGAUACAGCCGGUAUCAGCGCGGCGUGGUCCGGGCUGUACCUGUUGCUCGCGGGUCGUCGGAAGCAGCCGUUUAUGAAGAAAUGGGGCGCGAGAGGAAUUGUCCGCGGUGCGACAAUGGGUCUGUGCUUGGUUAAUAUGGUUAGCGGUGGGUUGGCGUAUACUCUGGGCAAGCGGGAGGAGGAAGAGGAUUAAACGGGGGAUAUAUAAAAGUUAUGGUUUGAUUCGGUGAGACAUCUUAUGUGAUGGUGCGGCUGUUUGUAUGCGGGGUCAUGUAUGAUAUAAGUUGAACGGGGAACUGGCGUCGCUUCGGGUAUGGUGUUUUGGUUUUCUUUCAAUUAAAUUAGGUGAUGAUGGUAUAAGUCGAGACUCAUGAAUUCAUUGAUGAGUGUAUUCUUCUACGUGAGUGAUCUAUGUGUAUGUUAUAUAUAUCUAGUCGGCCAUGGGCGAGCGGCUUCCGACCUGCUCUGCGCAUCGCACAAUAU